UGCAGAUUAAUUGGCCACCGUGGUUUUGUGUGACUUCUGCAACGAUGGCACGACCGCUGCCUCGAUGACCUGCCUCAGUUGUGAUAUGUCCAACUGUGUGACUCAUGUAAAGCCUCAUCAGGAGAACCCGAAGUUAAGGAGCCACAUUCUGGUGGAUCCAGACACGAAUCCUGAGGACCGCAAAUGCAAGACGCACAGAAAGAAGAUAAAGUUUUACUGCCGACAGGACGAGAGCUUGGUCUGCACAACCUGCACCAUCGCAGGAGACCACAAGGGUCACGAUGUGGCUACGUUGGAGGAUGAGCACAAGACACGGGAGAAACAAGUGGGAGAGGAGACGCGGGCGGUGGAGGAGAAGAGGAGGGAGGCGGAGGAGUCCGUGAGGCGGAUGGAGGAAGCUCGCAGGGACGUGCAGGGAUCCAUGACAGAUGAAAAGGCCUCAAUCUCGGUCAGAUUCACCCGAGCGAGAGCAGCAUUGGAUGUGGAGGAGACAGCGGCUUUACAGAAACUGGAGCAGAAAGGGUGCGAGCUGCUGUCCCAGAUCGAGAAGAAGAUCGCUCACUACCAGCGCGAGAUCAGCGAGCUCCAGGCAGCAGCAACUCGCCUGCAGGCCCUAGCGCAGGAGAGGGACUCGCUCGCGUUCCUGCAGGUGAGCGAUGAGUCUCCAGUGUCGCUAUUGGCACAGAGCUCUCUCAACAGCAGCAGCAGCAGAGGGAGGCUUCUGAAUGAGAGCUCGCAUCCACUAAACUUGAGAACACAGCUCCACUCACGGACUCGCAUCGCAGCUCCAGUGGCUGCCAUUUGGAAGCCCAGCUCAUAUUUUCUCAGUUAAAUUAAUUCUCUCUCCCGUCUUUUAACAGAUUCCCAUUAAGUUUGUUUCAUUGUGAAUAUAAACUAAAUGUUAAUUGAAUUUCACUUUUUAAAUCAACCAUACAACAACAAUGUACACGGUAUUCAUGAUUAUCAUCAGCCAUAAUCUAUCCACUUAUUGAGGAAGGCCUCCCCAAGCCAUUGCCACAUCUCAUGAUGCAGCGAUGCAACACUCCACCAGCGCCUGCUCACGAGCCGAUGUCAUCUCCGCUUCUUACUUUGUGUACCUCCACUUGGAUGCGCUACCUUCAUU